AUGUGUUGCGGCCACUGUCCAAGGUGGAAAGGAUGGGCAGCUGCUUACCUCGUUUGCUCCCCACUGCCGCUCAAGUCCUCACACCACAGGGGAUGCGUGUUCAUACACACACACACACUUACGUACCCUCAAGUGUUCCUUUCCUCCUCACACCACCUGCCUCACUAUUGCAUCGUUGAGGUAACCAGCAAUAUAUCAACCAAGCCCCACGUCUACCUUCCUCGAUCAACUCUGCAAAGGCUCUCACUCCUGGCAGGCACAAGGCUGAGCACUGUCUGUUCUUACCAAUCCUCUUUCCCUGCACAUCAGGAAAAGCCAGCCGGCCCCUAUUUUCAUUGA